CGGCUGAGGCUCCGGCGUCACGUGACGCGGCCCGGAAGCCGCGAGCCCCGGCAGCUAAGGGGGAUGGCAGGGGCUCGGCGCUGAGGCGAGGACAGGUGGGCUGCACGGAAGCGGGAGCCGGAGCCGGAGCUCGAGCGCUACCAUGUCCACGCAGAGACUUCGGAAUGAGGACUACCAUGACUACAGCUCCACGGACGUGAGCCCAGAGGAGAGCCCAUCCGAAGGCCUAAACAAUUUCUCUUCCCAGGGCUCCUACCAGCGAUUUGGGGAAAGCAACAGCACAACAUGGUUCCAGACUUUGAUCCACCUGUUAAAAGGCAACAUUGGCACAGGACUCCUGGGACUGCCUCUGGCCGUAAAAAAUGCUGGCAUCUUGAUGGGUCCCCUCAGCCUGCUGGUGAUAGGCCUCGUAGCUGUGCACUGCAUGGGUAUCCUGGUGAAAUGUGCUCACCAUUUCUGCCGCAGACUGAACAAGCCUUUUGUGGACUAUGGGGAUACAGUGAUGUACGGACUGGAAUCCAGCCCCAGCUCCUGGCUCCGGAACCAUGCACACUGGGGGAGGCACAUUGUGGACUUCUUCCUGAUCGUCACGCAGCUGGGAUUCUGCUGUGUCUACUUUGUCUUUCUGGCUGACAACUUUAAACAGGUGAUAGAAGCAGCCAAUGGGACCACCAACAACUGCCAUAACAAUGAGACAGUAAUUCUGACGCCCACCAUGGACUCGCGACUCUACAUGCUCACCUUCUUGCCCUUCUUGGUGCUGCUGGUUUUUGUCAGGAACCUCCGAGCCCUGUCCAUCUUCUCUCUGUUGGCCAACAUCACCAUGCUGGUUAGCCUGGUUAUGCUCUACCAGUUCAUUGUCCAGAAUAUCCCAGACCCCAGCCGCCUUCCCUUGGUGGCACCCUGGAAGACCUACCCUCUGUUCUUUGGCACAGCCAUUUUUGCAUUUGAGGGCAUUGGGAUGGUUCUUCCCCUUGAAAACAAAAUGAAGGAUCCCCAGAAAUUUCCACUCAUCCUGUACGUGGGAAUGGCCAUCAUCACUGCCCUCUACAUCAGUCUGGGCUGUCUGGGGUACCUGCAAUUUGGAGCUAAUAUCCAAGGGAGCAUAACCCUCAACCUACCCAAUUGCUGGCUGUACCAGUCGGUCAAGCUGCUGUACUCCGUCGGCAUCUUCUUUACCUACGCCCUCCAGUUCUACGUCCCAGCUGAGAUCAUCAUCCCCUUCUUCGUGUCCCGCGUGCCAGAGCAUUGGGAGCUGGUCGUAGACCUGUUCGUGCGCACUGUGCUGGUCUGCAUGACAUGCAUCUUGGCCAUCCUCAUCCCCCGCCUGGACCUGGUCAUCUCUCUGGUGGGGUCCGUGAGCAGCAGUGCGCUGGCCCUCAUCAUUCCGCCCCUCCUGGAGAUCACCACCUACUACUCGGAGGGCAUGAGCCCCUUCACCAUCGCCAAGGACGCCCUGAUCAGCAUCCUGGGCUUCGUGGGCUUUGUGGUGGGGACAUAUGAGGCCCUCUACGAGCUGAUCCAGCCCAGCAAUGCUCCCAUCGUCAUCAACUCUACCGGUGCCUUUGUAUAGCAAUUUGGGUGCAUUCCCUGCAGCUGCCCACCUCACUCACCCUGUGUGUUCCCCAGCACCUGGCCCUAGAGCCUCGGGUAGGGGCCAGGCUCUGGGGAAAGGCACGGUUGCUGUCGGGGAGCCCCUCCACCUGACACCUCAGUAUCUGGGCCAGGCGGGGCCGAGGGCAGGAGAGAGAGUGGGUAGCGGAUAUGCAGAGGUCACUCUUAGUGGCCGGGCCAUCCCUGUUCAUUUGUACUUAAUUUAACCCAGAACUUUUCAACUUUUUUCCCUCUUGAUGUCUCCUCCCUUACCUGUCCCCCCUUCUGACCCACCUUACCCAAAUUAUUCCUGUUGCACAGCUCACUUUAUUUAAAAAUCUUAGCACCUCCCACCUCAUGUUUUCUCCUUCCCAGGCCCAGGCCUGGAUUAAAUGAGUGGGAACCCCUACUCCUUAUAAGGCUGGGCCUAUCUCUUUCUCAGACCUCUCCCAAAUAUUUUACCUCAGUAUCCUCCUACCUAUUCAAGUCUCCAGGAGGUGUCUGGAACUACCUAGUACUUUAAAACCAGGCCCCAAAGCUGGAGCUUUUAAUCUUUACUCUCUCUGGCUUGUGACCAUCGGCAACACCGUGUGCGAUUUCCUCACUUGGGUCACAGUGUUAUAUUCUUAGUUGCUUUAGCUUCUGAAAGAUAUCAAGUGCUGCCUAAAUUGAAAAUAUUUAUAUUUUAUUUAAAAUUAGCUUUUGUUUGUAGACUCUGUCUCUAGAUCUGGGGUUAUUGUGACUUGUUCCUUCCUCAGUAAACUUUUGCUAGGCUUCUCCUGCUGAAAAGAAACUUGCUCCAGGAAACGUGUGCUUAGGUCCUCAGCACUCUUGGCUGAGUACCCCAAAGGUUUUAAUCAGGAUCAUCUAAAUGUGUACCUCUGUGGGGAGACAUGCACUCUGCCUCCCACUGACCAGCCUGAUUCAUACUGAGAAGAUAUGAAGGACUCAGGAUCUGUUUGCCAACGCACAAGGCCAAGGAAAGGAUGGCCGAGUGGGAUGUGCUUCUGUCCACAGGAGGCUUCUAAAGUGGUCACUUUGUGCAUUCAGGCCUGUUUUUCAGCCUCAGUUCCUGACAGGCACAGGGCAUGGUAGCAUUCAGUUGCCAGCAUGUCAGGAAGACACUCACACUUUGCCGUGUUUGAGGAGAUGAGGCCAGUGUGCACAGAGAGCAUGAAAUUAAGUUCAGAGAAUUAAGAAGCAGCUGGUCUGACACUAUGUGUGGUGCUUGGUUGUUUACAAUCAACGGGGGCCGGGCAGAAGCAGUGCCCCGUCCCGAGCUGCCUCCAUGACCUAGACUUCUAAAGGGAACCACUUGGUAGGGACUUCGGUCCCCUGUUUUCUAAACACUAAUUGUGACCCCGUCCCUCCCCUGCAUGCCUCAGGGUUGGCUCACCUCAAGGUCAGCCUUCAGAUUUGGGAACAAACUGUAGAGCAAGCAGAGAAAGGUGCAUUGCCUUGCUUUUGGCUGCCUCUUCUCCCCUCUUGGUGUGAGAACUAUUUCAGGAGGGCGUUCAUUAGCUCUCUAUCCCCUGAGCUCUGUGUGUGUGUGUGUGUGUGUGUGUGUGUGUUCAUACACGGAAUAGAGAUGCACUCUCCUCCACCCCAUCCCUAAGCUCUUGCCUCCUUAGAGAUGCAUUCAUCCUGCAAGUUAGAGAGCAGCACAACUUCAUCAGGGGUCUUUUUUUCCUGUGUUUUCGCCAAAGCUUGUAAGGGCUGUGACCCUCCCCCCAACCCUAGCCCUAGCUUUUUCUUUCUCUUCUUUUCCAAAGCCACAUUGUCAUUGCAGUGAUUCCCAACCUACUAAUAAUUUAUUAACUUAGGGAAACGUGAUCAGUUGUGACUUGAUCUCCCUUAGGAGAAUGAUACUUUUCACCUACCCUUUCUGUGGUCACCAGCAAGUGUUUAUAUGACCAAGGCUCUACCUGGAGGUGGCAGCUAACCUGCCCUAUGAAGCCUCAGGCCUAGAAGUUACUGAAGUGGGUUCAAGGAUUGUCCCCUUCUGUGUGCAAGCCCCUGGCUCCCGCCAUCUUUCCACAGCAGUCCUGAGAGUUGUUUGCAGUGAGGAGGCGUGUGCCAGGAGAAGGAUCAGAUGUGUAUCCUGCCUGCAACAUCUGUGGUGGAGGCUUCUGUGACUCAGGGAGCUGCUAGAGGCCAUCCUUUCCACAGGGUAGUAAGACUAGACCUGAGGACUGGGCAGUACAAAACUGUGGUCCCCUGGCCCCAGGUCUUUGCAAAAUGCAAAUUAUUGCUUCAGAGUCCCUGGCCUGGGAAAUGUAAUGUGCAGGAGAGAUGGCACUAGCUUUGGGGCUUCUGGAAGCUAAUUUGGCAUGGCCUUCUUCCAGUUUGUUCUUUUUCCUGAGCUCCUGCUGCUUCAGAAGACUGAGGCAGGGUGGAUCCUGUCAGUGGGCCUUUCUGAUUGUGCACUUAGGUGUCAAGUAAAGGGUCUACUAGAAGGUGAAAGUGAGAGGAAGCCCUUUUGCUUCUCAGACCUCUGGGCCAGCUCAGGGAAGCUUACUCUUCUGCCCACGAGGCUUCUUCAGUCAGGGAGCCUGCCCUGGUUUCUUCCCACUGCUCAUUAGGAACCAACUGUCCAGCUUCUGCUUGUGCCCUGCUCUGAUGCCUUGUGAAAAGGUCCCAGCAUAAACAGAAGUCUCAUCAAGGAACAACAGAGCAAGGUUCUCUGGAGUGUGAGGCUGCAUCUGUGGGACCUAAGGCAAAACGUGGGAUUUUUUUGGCCCUGUACUGUUAGGCCUGUGUCCCUCCCCCGGGCUCCCCAGUACAGCCUCAGAUUUCCAUUAGCCCUGAGGUAGCUUCUCCAGGCCCCCUGUUCCUUCCUAUAAAUGCUGCUGUAAGGAGGUUUCCAACUCUCUGUUGGCAACAUAUCUCCCCUUCCAUGUAGGCAUUUGCUGGGAAGAGCAUGAUCUGGCAUCUUCUGUUUACUUUUCCUAGAAGUUGUCACCAUUUACAAAUGUCAUUAUUUAUAUUGUGCUGCUGUCCAACCGCUAGGAGCCCUUCAGCUGCACAGACGCUGGCCAGACAUACGUGAAUGUGUGGUGGGUCUUAGCUCAGUACCUGCAGCUCCCGCCCUCCUGCUCUGCCACUCACCUCUCCGGCCAAGUUCAUUGGCUGGUGCUCACUACGUACUCUACCCCCAUGAAAGGUACAAUUUGCCAUUUUUUCAGUUGUCUUAAAGUGAUGAUCCAGAAAGGAACAUUAGGAAAUCUGUCCCCCUUACCUGUUCUCCUGGCUUUGUUUUCCUUCUCAAAUGUCUCCCUUCCUAAAUUGUAGAAUAUCAUCUCUGUUUGACACUACAUAGUCACCUCAUGAUUUUUGGAAGUGCAAAAUCUCACUUUAUGUCUGUUUACAACUCUCUCUAUUCACUCAUUACUCACAGCCAAGGGGUUCUUAUCCGUGGUUUUAUUGCGUAGCUGAUCAGAUAUUAAGGCAGGCCCCAGCAUCGGCCCUGAUCAGAACACGAAGCUACUUCCUGACAGCAAAGACACAAAGUGCCAGUGGCACAAUGUGAUUAGGGAGUCGGCUCCAAGUCUGCCUUAGAAUUCAAUUUUCCAGAGUACAUUACAAAUCUCCAAGACCAUUAGGGGAAAAGGAGAGGGUGUGGUUUGUCUUUGAAAUCAUGGUCAAUACUUUUAGACAAUUUAAUUAAUCCUGCUGUUUGCAAGGCUGUUUUCUCUGACAGCAUCAGCUUGUGAUAUUUCUUCCCUGUUCUUUGUACCACUGGGCCAUUCUCAGGCCAGGGGAUGUAAGUGGUGCUGAUAUGUGGUUAUCAGAGUGGGGAGUGGGGGACGUGGGUGGAGGGUACCUGUUUUAAGCCAUGUUCUUUUGUUUAAAUCAAAGUGAUGGUGGGGAAGCUGUUUUGUUUUAGUGAACAAUAAAACUAUGUAACUCUCUUGUAAACCAUGACAGUGAAUGUGGUAAUAAGAGGGAUACCAUCCCCAGGCCUCGGUAACCAGACAGUACCGCAUAUAUUAUCCUGUGCAUAUGCCUUCAUGAGUGUCUGUUUCUCGCAUGGUAUGUGUGUAGAAAUGUAGACAAUGCAGGAGCUCACAGAAGAAUUUGUUUUGGGUUCUGCACGUGGAUCAUGUGUUAAACUUUUCUUUUAUCAAUAAAUGAAUUUUAUUUUUUAUUUUUGA